UAGAGCCCGAAAGUUUGGAAGCGAAAGUAUUUGAUCACAAAAGGAGGUGGCUGCUGAGAUCAACUAUUUCUCACUGGCUUAGAGUUUUCGCUGGUGUAUUUCAUCUUUCAUAUUCGAUAAUAACGGUUUUUUUCGGCGUUUGUGGAAGAAGUCCGCACCUCCUCCUCCUCCUCCUCCUCCUGCGCGCUGCCUCUUAUUCAUGCGGCGGAGGAGCGGAGCCCGCGGCCGAGGAUACAAUGAAGCAUGUGUCCGAGACAAUGUAGCGAGAUGCUGUGAUUCUGCUUCUCACAGGACGAGGGGGACGAUUUGCUCGACUGCGGAGGGACACCAGCGGCUUAAAGAAUGAAUCUUUAGCCUCUGCACGACAAGCUAUGACCAACACGCCGACCAGUAUAGACAUCCAAGUGCAAACCUGGAAUUCAAGAAUGAAGACCAAAUAUUCAAUUGUCUUCAUCUGUAUUGUUGCCCUGGUCAUCAUCGAAAAGGAGAGCAAUAUCAUUUCAAGGGUCUCUGAUAAGAUAAUCCAGAGGCACGCUCCUCCGCUGGACCCACACUCACCACUGGAUAACAGCAACGCGACACAAAAUGGGCCCCUGUCAUUGCUCAAAAUGUUGCUCUCUAAACUCCCUGGUGCAAAAGGGAAUUACUCAAGCUUUUCUGAUGAGCAAGAGGAUGAUGAACUGGACGAUUUAGGCGCGUACAACUCCAGCCGUGGCCGUAAGCACGUAUUGCUCCUGGCCAGAACAAGAACAGGUUCCUCGUUUGUCGGGGAGAUUUUCAACCAGCACGGGGAGAACAUGUUCUACCUCUAUGAGCCUCUGUGGCACGUCGCGCGCAUGCUGAGUUUGGGCGAAGAGGCAAACAAUGGGACGGCGUUGGCGAGAAUCUACCGGGAUGUACUGCGGGGGCUCUUCCUGUGUGAUUUCAAUCCUCUCGAGAAGUUCAUCUCUCCCCCACCGGAGGAACGCGUCACCGCUGCUCUGUUCCGCAGAGAGUCCAGUUUAUCGCUCUGUGAAGAUCACGUCUGCAGUCCUUUCGUCAAAGAUGUUUACGAAAAAUAUCGCUGUAAGAUUCGUCGCUGUGGGCCGCUGAACUUGACCCUCGCCUCGGAGUCCUGUCUUUCCAAGCAACACCAUGCCAUAAAGACUGUCCGUGUGCGCCAUCUGGAAUCAUUGCAGCCAUUGGUGGAGGAUCCACGUCUAGAUGUGAGAUUGAUCCAGCUAGUCCGAGAUCCACGGGCCAUCUUAGCAUCUCGUAUGGCGGCUUUCUCUACCUACGAGAUGUGGAAGGCCUGGGCGCAGGACGGCCAGGUGCCUGAAGACGACGAGGAGGUAAAGAAGCUCAAAGGAAACUGUGAUCAAAUAAGGAUGUCUGCAGAGGUGGGACUGAGCCAACCUCACUGGCUGAGGAAACGCUACAUGUUGGUGCGUUACGAGGACAUUGCCCUGUAUCCAAUGCAGAAGGCAGAGGACAUGUACAGGUUCGCAGGGAUACCAUUCAGUCCCCAAGCUAGGGACUGGAUUCUAAGGAACACCCAGACCACACAGGAAGAGGGCGACGAAUACUCCACCCGGAAGAAAUCAUCUGAGCAUGCAGAAAAAUGGAGGUUUAGCAUUCCCUUUACACUGGUUCAGGUGGUGCAGAGAGUGUGUGAACCCUACAUGAAGAUGUUCGGGUACAGGAUUGUGGACGAUGAAAAGACACUGAUCAACAAGUCCAUGAGUUUGCUCGAGGACAGACUGUUUCAUUAGCUGGAAGGUCAUAAUUUGUAGCUGUGACUCUGCAGAACUCUGCAGGAGGAGCCAUUAUUGCACAGACCAAAACUAGUCAGCAAAGCUGCCAUUAGACACAAAAUGACAGCAUUACGGCCAUACAGUUCUAUUCAUACUCACCAAUGAUGUGCCUCAUUAUAACAAUGAAGAGCCACUUAAAGAUAGAGAGAAGUAUUUAUUUGCAUACUGUGUUCUUAAGUUAUAUCAUGGUACUUAUGAUAGGUCACUCUCUGUGUUUCAUUCAUACAAAAUAAGCAUAGACGUCAAGCAUUAAAGAUUACCUUAGAUCAUAUGUAAGAUUUUAUUGAUAGAUGUUUAAAUUUUCAGGGAUUAACUACAGUGAAAUUGAAAGUGAUGUGAUGUGAAAGUGAAAGUCGUCAUAUGGUUAAUGAUCAAGUGCUAAUGCUGACUAGAUCAGCCUGUUUACCAUAUUAACAGAUCUGCUCUAGGAUACCAUCACUUUAGAUCAGAUCAGACCUGAUGUGUGUUGAUAGGAACUGUGUCUCCUGGUGUGAAAAUACAGUUUAAUCUCUAGCUGCUUUCAGACAUACUCUGACAUUUUCCUGGGGUUUCCCAGAGGGGCUGUAUGUAGGAAUGCAAAGGUCCAAGUGAGUUGCUUCUGACAUUUUCCAUAACUGCUCCUGACGCCACUCGUAAAGUGUAUGCAAAAUGUCGGAGUGAGCCCAUGCGGAAAUACAGCAGGUAAAUGUAUGAAAUAAUCUACAGUGUGCAAUUAAGCGCGUUGGUGACAUUUCGAACACAUGACGGAUGCAAAACUGAAAGAAAAAGAAAAAAAAAGAAGAAUACUAAUAUAUCCGGAUGAAAAAGAGGUGCCAUAUACAUAGAAGAUGCCAACAGCGAUAUCAAAAGAAAACAAGAUUAGAGCGAUUUUGGUGAUAAGGGCCUUCACCGUUGUUAAUGUGCUCUAAACAGAAAGGAGGUUUUCUCUACCUUAGGGGCCAGCCCUCUCCACUUCGGGACAUUCUCCCGUUGUUGUGAACGCGUCUGACCUGGACAAACCCCUGCUGCGUUCUGCGUGUAAAAGGAAAAUGUCCGGACAAAUGUUCCGGACAUUUUCCAAAGUUCAUGUCUGAAAACUGCUUCUGAUUUCUUAAACCAAAUGCCAUUUUUCUACCAACAGAAGGUUGGUAAAGAUAAAUAUAGGUAGUAUAAUACUGGGUUAAAUAUUAUAAGGUUCAAUAAAAUGAAGCAAUAGGAAAGAAGAAGCAGACUUUACCUCAUAUACCUACAUGUGUCUUUAACAUUCAAGUGCUAUUUGUUACUCACUACCCAGCCAGUAGCUAUAUUUCCCCAGCUGCUUCCCCACCUCUGAGUAAAAAGGUCUAAUGUCAAUUUAAAAAAGCAGCUUCUCUGACCUGCUGCUCCUGUUGGCAGCUCGCUUGGAAUAAAAAUGGAAGGACUCUGCUAAGUUAAAGCUGAUCUAUAUAUGUCAGAGAAAUAUGCUAAUACACACAUAAACAAUGUGUGAGGAUUUAAAAAAACGACUUUACAACUUAAAGCAAUAAAAUCAUAAGAAAUAUGAAGAAGUGCAAUUUUCAAUCUUUAGAUGUUCUCGGUUUUAGUUAAAUAUGUACAAAGCAUGUAUGUAACUUUAUCAAUGUGGCCUAUCUCUUUAAGUGAAACCCAGGUGCUGUAGCGUUAACUGUCCCUCUUGACGGUACAUAAAGGUAGCCACUGUGACUCAGCCUCAAUGGGAGCAUUGUGUUCAGCUUGGCUGAGGUACCGGUGAAACCGCCGGCCCGCUCAUGGAAAAAGGAUAUGCAUAGAUGUACAUAUAGUAGUGGGCUUACACUACCUUAGUGUUGAAAACAUAAAUAUGAAUACUGGCAGGUCUUGAGAUGCCCAGAUUCACUACUUAAGUACUGUGAAAUACCAACUGAAACAAUGGGUGUAGUCAGAGUGCACACACAUUCAAAUCCCCAAAGUCUCGAUAGUAUGCUGGGAGCAGAUAUGUUUGACUGGCUGUUCGACCUCCGCCAUAUGAGGCAGUAGAAGUACAGUCCCCUUAAAUUCUAUCAAGCUGCACCAAAUUACACACAUUCGUAUUCAUCACUUCCCUAAAUUUUUACCCCUAAAGAUCUUUGAAUUAUUCCGUGGGAAAUUGGAGGAAAUGGAAAAGAUUCGUCCUGUCUUACGAUUUUAAAGAGAAAAAAAAGAUCCAACCUCAAAUUUUGAAACACUUGGCUUUUAAGCUGUGUUAACAGUAUAUUUUAAAUAGUGGAGAGCAACUAAUUUUGGUGUUUGGGUCAAGUAAUAAAAUAAAUAAAAUACUGACUAUU